UUAGUUGACUUAGUCAUUAGUUGACUUACUAAAACUCUACAAGUUUCAUUAUAAAAAAAAAAAGUUCAGAAAAAACAAGAUCAAACGAACAUGACGAUGAACAACUUAUCAUCAGGAGCUCCUCUCGACAUUGAAACCAAGCAGCCAUCGUCGCCUUCUUCUUCUUCUUCUUCUUCCUCAACUCCAUGGAGAAAUCAUCAUAUAACCACCGGCAGAAUUUCAGUUCUACUUGUUUUAGUAGUUGGAAUUUCAUGCCUUGGUUUAUACAAGUCGGCCAAUCCUUUUGGAUCUUUUCCUCUCUCUCUUCAUUUUGCGUCUUCUUCACUUCCCAUCACCAAUAAAUCCGUCUCUCCGGGCAAGUUUGAUACUGAUUUGGAGAGAGUUCUAAAAUCUGCUUCCAUGAAGGAUAAAACAGUAAUCCUAACAACAUUAAAUGAAGCAUGGGCAGAACCUCAGUCUAUAAUUGAUAUCUUCUUGGAGAGUUUUAGAAUUGGGAACCGUACACAUGGGCUUUUAAGUCAUUUGGUAAUAAUAUCAUUAGACCAAAAGGCAUAUGCUCGUUGCUUAGCGUUACAUCCAUUCUGUUAUAUGCUAAACACUCAGGGCCUUAACUUUUCUAGAGAAGCAUAUUUCAUGACCUCAAAUUACUUGGAGAUGAUGUGGACCAGAAUUGAUUUUUUAGCUACUAUUCUCCGAAUGGGCUACAAUUUCGUCUUCACGGACGCUGAUGUAAUGUGGCUUCGAGAUCCAUUUCCACACUUUUACAGAGAUGCAGACUUCCAGAUAGCUUGUGACCAUUAUUUAGGUAACCCUUCCGACCGAAAUAAUCAGCCAAAUGGUGGAUUUAACUAUGUCAAAUCGAAUCCUCGAACGAUUAAAUUUUACGAGUUUUGGUACUCCUCUAGAAAAUCUUAUCCAGGGUUGCAUGAUCAAGAUGUUUUGAAUAAGAUCAAACAUGAUCAUUUCAUUGACGAAAUUGGACUACAAAUAAGAUUUUUGGACACAGCUUAUUUUGGUGGAUUUUGUGAGCCCAGCAAAGAUUUUAACUUGGUAUGCACAAUGCAUGCAAAUUGUUGUUUUGGUUUGGAAAGUAAAGUUCAUGAUCUUAGAAUUGUGCUUCAAGAUUGGAGAAGAUUUAUGUUGGCCUCUUCAAAUUUAAGUUUAUCUUCACCAUUCUAUUGGAGAGCUCCAAACAAAUGCAGUCUCAAAUCUUUCCAUCCUCCCAAAUUGCCGGAGAGUAAUUGAACAACGCAAUAACCAUCCUCUCACUGCAAGGACAAUUGGAUGACGGUAAGAAACCUGAUGUUCCUUAAAACAAUAACAUCCAUUGGCAAAUUUUAUUUUAUUUUUCGUUACAUAGUUCUUGCAAAUAGAAAGAUAAAAAAAAUUCCAUUUCUUUUUGAAAAUAAUAAUAAUAAUGUGAUAGAA